CCUUUGCUUUUAAGUGAUAUCGCGCGACAACGCUGCAAUGUAGAUCACGUCAUAACGUUCACGUGUAGCGCUUCGUGCUUUCGUGUAACGAUGGCAACGGAGCUGUCGUCCAUUGAAACAGGUUAAUGGAGCUCCUUCCAAUUCUUGAGCCUGAGGAAAAGCCUCAAAACAGACAAUGGUACGUUGUUGUACCCACAGGUGCAGGUCCUGGUGUUUCUGUGGGUCAUACAUGCACAUUUUUGCAUUCAAAUGAUGGGGGCAAGGGACGAAUCGUAGUAGUUGGAGGAGCCAAUCCUAAUGGAAGCUUCUCUGAAUCUUACAUCAUAAAUCUGGAUACUCAUGAAUGGGACAUUCCAGAUUGGGACGGGCUGCAGGCACGUUAUGAACACUGUAGUUUUGUUACGGAGGGCGACCCGCAGGGCCUGUGGGUGUUUGCUGGGGCCGAGCAGAAUGGAAACCGCAACUGCAUUCAGAUUUUGCACACAUCAGACAAUAAUAAAGAACAUGGUUUGUGGAAGAAGGUCCAAGUGAAAGGAUCUCCUCCUACAGCCAGAACCUAUCAUACAAACUCAGCAUGCAUUGGAAACCGACUCUUCGUUUUCUCAGGAGGAGAUGCUGGCGCAACACCCGUUACUGAUCCCCAAGUCCACGUUUUUGAUACAGUCAGCGAGACCUGGAUGCAGCCGGAGACCAAAGGGACGCCUCCCGGUCCACGGCACGGACAUGUGAUUGCAUCGGUGGGAUCAGUUCUCUAUGUUCAUGGUGGAAUGGCUGGAGAGAAGUUUUACAGUGAAAUGUUCUCAUUGGACACAGAAACUAUGAAAUGGGAGAAGGUAAAAGCUAAAGGAGAUAUUCCUCCAGGAGUGGCAGCCCAUGCAUGUGUUACAUUCGGGAAAAACAUCUACAUCUUUGGAGGAAUGACAUCAGAAGGAGCAUCCAAUGCCAUGUAUAAGUUUAGCUGUGACAAACAGCGAUGGACGCUGAUGAAGUUUGAAGGAGAUCUUCCUCCUGGCAGACUGGACCAUUCCAUGUGUUUAAUUCCUUGGCGUGUGAAGACUACAAGCGAUGAAGAAAACGCAACUCAAAACUCUGAAACUGAUGUGAAACAUCUUUGCUUUGCUUUUGGAGGCAUGGACACUCAGGGUGUGAUAUUCAAUGAUUGCCUUGUUACUGUAAUUACAUGACUGUUCUGUACUUUUAAAAAUAAAUUUAUCUCCCAUAAA